AAGAUCUCAAAGCUCAGAUUUGUUUCUCAAGUGUGGUGUGUUGACUCAAUGGCGGAGGAGAAGAAGAGCUUCGUCAGAAUUAGUGCUCUGCUAUGGGCAGACGUGCUGGUGGCUUACGCCCUCUUCGUCAUGCAAAACUAUCUCACCGAUGUCUGGGGACUCAGCUUGAUCCACGCCGCUCUCAUCUUGAACAUUUGGAACGGCGUUUAUCGGAUUUUACCACUCUUCUUCCUCUACUUGGUCGACAAGUACCUUGGCCAUUUGAAGCUUCUUGUCUUCACUAGCUUAGCCUAUGCUGCAGGGAUCACCAUGGUGGCUGUGUCAACUCCUCCCCUCGCAAACGCAUCUGGCACGUGUAAACGAUACGAGCCUGAAUGCGUUGGCCACGCUCAGAAGGGCAUCCUUAUUGCAGGCUUGGCCUUGAUAGCUGUUGGAGUGGCCGGUAACCUCGUCUCUCUGUUACCUUAUCUUAACUGGAAGAAGAAGAUUGACGAAACUAGCUCUGGCCGAGGCGUUGAUGUAUAUCAGGUAGCUGGCCUAAUUGGGGUGGUGGUUGUGCCUAUAGUUGGAGCCAUUGCUCUGCCAUACAUCAGACCACCAACUCUCAAGUUUGGGAUCCCAGCCAUCUGCACUGUCGUCGGCACCUUCCUUUUCCUCACCGGUUUCUCCAAAUACACCGAUGAUGAUCCCUCACGUAACAGCCCUCUCUUCAAUGUUUUCAGAGUGUUCGUCGCAGCCUCACUCAAGAUCUUCCGUUCCUACCCAGACAGCAACGAGGAUUAUCACGGCCAUGAGAUAGGGAAGACGGAACUCACACCCACCAGGUGCCUUAGGGGGCUGCAUAAGGCCGCCAUAAUAUUGCCCGGUGAAGUUCCCCCCACUGGGAAGAGCUGGACGCUCUGCACCGUAGCGCAAGUGGAAGAGGCCAAGAUUGCAGUGCGGAUGCUCCCAAUGUUGAUGACUUUCAUAGUUUGUGGCGUUGUGGCCGCCAUUGGAGACACUUACUUUGUCGAACAAGCAGGCAAGCUCAACCGCAACAUAGGGAGAUUAACGCUGCCUAUUCAAGUGCUUCUACUAGUAAGAAGGUCAACAAAAGAUUGGCUAGGCAGGGAAGUGAAGAAAUUCCUGGAGAAAUUUAAAACUGGCCGGGCACCCUCGUAUGGGAUAGCAGCGGGGAUGGUAUGUUCGAUCUUGUGCUGUAUAAGUGCAGCUUUGGUGGAGCAAAAGAGGCUUAAGGUUGUGAUACGCAACGGACUGCUGGACCAGCCGGAUGAGCAGAUCAAGAUGAGUAUUUAUUGGCUGGUUUUCCAGUUCAUCUUGUUAGGUGGAUUAGAAGCUUUUUUGGAUAACAGUGUGAGUGUAUACUACAGAGAUCAGUCGCCUGGAUCAGUCGAAAACUACCUGGUGAACUUCAUUCGAGGGGUGACCGGUUUGGGAUACAUGUGCAGUGCGCUUUCCGUGUAUGUUGUGGGGAAGAUAAGCGAGAAGGGAGGGAGGACAAACUGGUUUCAGCAUAGCUUGAACCGGAGUCGAUUGGACCGCUACUACUGGGUGCUGGCGGGUUUGAGUCUGCUGAAUCUGGUCGUGUUUGUGUUUGUGGCGUCGUUUUAUAGAUACAAGAAGCCGGAAGAAGAUGGUAGGAGCGCGCCUGACCAGGGUGAUGGUUUCACGGAUAAAUUUACGGAAGGCGAUCAGAAUAGAACAUGUUGUUGCUUUUGUUGAGAUCAGUAUGAAAAACUUCUUCCAUGUUGUAUUUCUUUUGCAAUGUACUAUCAUUUCCUGGCCACAUUGCUCAUGUUGCAUUUACACUAGCUUAAGUUUCACUUUCUUAAUAAUUUGUGAGAAUUUUUGGUGAAGUCACUUUUUGGAGAUUGCAAAUGUAAGAGUUUGUUUUGUUAUAUGCAUUAUUUGUGAUGAA